CAGUUUCGGUGCAGUCUCGACGCUCGACGCUCGACGAGGACUUUCUUUGCGAAGGGAAGGAAGAAGGAAAGAAAGGAACGGGACGGAUGGAGGCAGCACGAGGAACGUAUGCCGGGGGCGAACUGUGAUGCCGAGACGGAGUCACGCGUCGGAGGAAGGAGUAGGAGGAGCUGCCGUGCGUGGCAUGGCUUGCAGUCGACUUGGUACUGCUGCUAUGGCUGCUGCACAUGGUCCGCGGUAGACCGUUCUCGCCCGACUCAUCGAGCCCAGUUUGCCACCGAGUCCCGUAGAGCUCCGUCGGAGCAGGGCGGGCAAGCAAGCAAGCGAGCGAGCAAGCAAAGAAGGAAGGGGAUGGAGGAAAGUUGGAAGAGGAGGGAAUGAUUUAUUUAUCGAUUGAUUCUUUGAUCGAUUGAUCGAUCGUCGGACGGACUGGCUGGCUGGCUCACUGACGGACUGAUUGACGAGGGCAAUCUGCAGGGCUCACGCGAGCGGGGCUUUAAUUUUGGAGAAUUAGAGCAGGAAGGAAGUACCUGCGUAGGGCGCCCUACGACAUUGUGAUCGGAAGGUGGAAGAAUUUUGGGUGCGGGUGGUGAUAUCUGUCCUGACCCUCUGUCCGCACGGGGAGCAAUCUAAUCAGCGAGGUUAUCCAUUCGAUGGAUGGAACAUGUGGGCUUCUACUAGCGCUGCCCCUUCUGGUUCUUUAGCAGCAGGUCGAGCAGCUCGCUCGUUCGCUCAUCCGCGGAGAGACUUCGUUUGCGGGGGAUGAUAUUUCUUGGAUUCUAGAGGCCGAGACUGACUUUUCUGCGAAGUGGAUCUCGUGGGUGUGAAGUUUUCUGUUGAGGAGCGGGGCAACUGUGUACAUUUUGUGAGAUAUCGCAUGUGUAGAAGACUUGGUGAACGUUCUGCUCCACGUCAAGUUCGACGAUUGGACCUCUAAAUUAUCAACACGAGUCUUGCAUAGACUGCACUCAAUAAGAAGCCCUUUGGAUCUAAUUGAGGCCAUAUAAGCUGCUGUCUUCAUUCACAAGGAUGAAUCACGAGGAUGAUGGAACCUCUUACAUCACUUCAUCUUCGUCAGCAUCCUCACUGGACAAUGAGUCGAUUCUCUCCGAUACAUUUUCUUUCGCACCAGAUGCCAACUAUCAAUCGAUGCUUCGUAAUGAGGACCCUGUAGCGACGCCGAUGAUUCAAGGACCUGGUAAACUUGUCCCUCGCCGUAGCCCUGAUAUUGAUAGUUCAGGGGACUAUUUCGAGUUGGAGCAAAGGAACGGAGGAAGUCACCUGAAGAAUAACCAGAAUGGGCUAACUCAUCUGGGCACUGAAAACGCCCACCAGGACAACGGGGACUCGCAGGCUAAGUUUUACGAGGAUUCUCGGUUUGGCACACGAUCUGGGACAGGUCAUGAGUUGCACCACGGAGCCCAGUCUCAACCUACAUUGAGGUCGAAUCCUUUUAGCAGCAAUCCUAGAUUCAUGGCCACGACAGCGAACAGUAUUGGGAUCGAUGAAGGUCCCGCCAUUGGACUGGAGAACCCCUACAAGCUUGGUCAAGAACUUGGAAACAGGCCUUUGAUUAUCCCAAAGCGUCAAUUACUCGCAACAACUUCUGCUCCCGUCAGGUUGAAGCCAAGCGAAUUGACGGCCGAUCAUGUGUCAACUGCUGAGUCCCACGAACAAGGAAGCGAGUGCUCUUCCGGCCGCUCAUCGAAAUCCGACUUGCAAUCUAUGAGUGAUCAGACAGGAGGAGCAACUUGCGCUUCAGGACCUGAGCGUGCACUGGUACGUACAAAAUCUUUGCCCAGCAGAUCUUUUUCAGAGCUGGAAGAUCGGAGAGCAAACACUCAAAGUGGUAGGCGGUCUAAAAGUAACGAAAAUCGAAAUGUUCGUCUCGCAGUUCCAGAAAAGAUGUCAGACAGGAAGAAGAAAAAGAUGAUCAAGAAGCUUGCUCCAGUCAACGACAAUGGAUGCGUAGAGUUCGAUGAGGCAGGGAGUAAGCGAAUAGCAAGCUUUUUGUCAGGCACUGGACCUGGUAUUUUUGAUGAAGGAGGUGAAGUCGGGGAAGAGGAUUUAAACGAAGAAGACGAGGAUAAUACAAGAAGAGAGGUUCCACCCCUACAAAUAGUCAUGCUCAUUGUCGGGACAAGAGGCGAUGUACAACCAUUUGUAGCAAUUGGAAAACAUCUGCAGGGGUAUGGUCACCGUGUGAGGUUGGCAACACAUUCCAAUUUUAGAGAAUUUGUAAUGACUGCAGGUCUGGAGUUUUAUCCUUUGGGUGGUGAUCCCAAAGUUCUUGCGGGAUAUAUGGUCAAGAACAAAGGAUUCUUGCCGUCAGGACCAUCCGAGGUGUCAGUACAAAGGAAGCAGAUCAAAGCCAUUAUUCAAUCACUACUACCCGCGUGCACUGUUGCUGAUCCUGAGGCUGGGUCUGGUCUCCCGUUUAGAGCACAGGCUAUCAUCGCAAAUCCUCCUGCUUACGGACAUGUACACGUAGCCGAGUAUCUGCAGGUCCCCUUGCAUAUUUUUUUCACUAUGCCGUGGACAGCCACAAGCGAAUUCCCGCACCCUCUCUCUCGUGUGAAGUCACCAGCUGGGUACAGGAUGUCCUAUCAAGUUGUCGAUUCCUUGAUCUGGUGGGGUAUACGCAGCAUGAUAAAUGAUUUUCGAAAGAAGAAACUAAAAUUGCGGCCCAUUACAUAUUUGAGUGGGUCUCAAGGAUCCAUUGCUGAGCUGCCUACGGGCUAUAUCUGGAGUCCACAUCUUGUUCCAAAACCGAGAGACUGGGGACCAAUGGUUGACGUCGUAGGGUUCUGCUUCCUUAAUCUUGCACAAGACUACAAACCGCCACAAGAUUUAUUGGACUGGCUAGCUGCGGGUUCUGCACCUAUUUAUGUUGGAUUUGGAAGUCUGCCUGUGGUGGAUCCCAAAGGUAUGACAGAGAUUAUUAUUAAAGCUUUGAAAGAAACGAAGCAAAGAGGAAUUAUCUAUAAAGGAUGGGGCGGAAUCGGUGAUUUAAAAGAAGUAGGGAAUGAUAUAUAUCUGGUCGAAGAUUGUCCUCACGAUUGGUUAUUCAAGCAGUGUGUGGCCGUGGUACAUCACGGAGGGGCAGGAACAACAGCGGCCGGUUUGAAGGCUGGUUGUCCGACGACAGUCGUACCAUUCUUUGGAGAUCAACCUUUCUGGGGUGAGCGUAUUCAUGCGAAAGGGGUGGGACCCUCCCCCAUACCUGUCGACCAAUUUUCACUCGACAAGCUUGUGAAAGCUAUAGAAUUCAUGCUGAAUGAUGAGGUUAAGCAAAACGCAUUGGAUAUAGCUCAGGCCAUGGAGAAAGAAGAUGGAGUGGACGGAGCAGUGAAGGCCUUCCACAAGCAUCUCCCGCGGGAUACACCACAACCUACUAGUACUCACCCACCUCAAAGGCUGAGACAUAAAGUUUUCAAACCCUUUAGAAGCGUUUACAACUGUUUUAUAUAAUACAUUUUUCUCAAAAUCAUUGCUUUUACCUGAGGGUAGAUAAUAGCGUUGGCAGAUAUUGACCUUGUGUUAUAGUUUAAACUUCUUACUCCCUCGGGCCAGAUAGAGUAGGUUCCGCAAUGCCUGAAUGAGAGCAACGGUAAUUUAUUAUUCUUCCCUUGGGUGAAGUAAUUGGUUAGCAGCUAUCAAGCCCCUUCCAUUUCUAAAAUUGCGAUCCUUGUAAAUUAUUUAGCUCAUAACGCGAUCUUGUGGAUAUUACGGAGUUCAUAAUGUUUUGAAGGUCACAGAUGAUGUGUACCUCUGGGUUCGGUAGUUCUUAGUUUCAUCGAGUUUUCAAUACAAUGUGAAAUCUCUUGAAAUGUCUCGGAGCAUUUUGUACACUACGUGAUGAUGAUCGAGAUUGAGGUGUAAAAGUUUGUUCAUUGUUGAAGAUAAGGCCGCUGUAUUCUGCUCCGUAAGCGGAGGAGCUCAUUUGUUGU